AUGUUAUUAGCAUUGGCUCCUCCUAACCCUAUGCAGAGCGACAUCAAGACCCCCCAUGACUAUCCAGCAUAUAAUAAGCCGACCCUUUCCAGAUACUCUCCUCCCGAGUCCCCUCGCAACUUGCCUUCGGUCUUCGAGGACUCGAGGAUGAACAACCCUCACCGAGGGUUGCCUCUCCCCGCUGGCCUGAGUCUGCCCCCGCCAGAUCGUGGUCCAUCUACUGCACCUCCUCCUCUUGGUCAUUUACCUGCUCCUCCGUCGCAAUGGGCGGGACAAGAUGAGUCGAUGCGGAGUUGGCUUCACGCAAAGGCCGAAGAAGACCGCCGAAAGCAAGAGGAGGAAAGGACCCGCCAGGAGGGUUUGCGCCUCGAUCAAAGACGCAUUGAGCAGAACAUGUUACGAGAGUCCCUUCAAGGCGGCAUUCCUCCUCCCAUGGUGCCUCUGAUUUUUGCCGGCAUCGGCGGAGGAAACCUUCCCGGUCACACUCUGGAAUGGGCGCAGCAGUACCUGGCCAGUCUCACUCUUCAGAAUCAACAACAGCACCAGCAAAUUCAAGCCCAACAACAGCAGAUCCAGCAGCAACAACUUCAGCAGCAGCAGCAAACGUCUCCAGACCCGCUCCGAGAUAGUCGAAUGAUUCCUCCUAAUCCAUACGGCGGGCAUCAACCAUCAGCUUCAUCGUCCAGUCAAGGACGGAAUUCCAUAUCUGGCCCGCAGCCGGCGUCGACCGCACUCUCCCGCCUGAACACCAGCGAGUUUAUUCCGAGUUCUACGACGAAUCAGGCAAAUCGACAAUCAUUACACCCUCUACAGCAAACACAAACAGCCUCAUCGGAGCAAUCCUCGGGUGUAGGGUUGUUCUUCCACCACUGGACACCACCGAACACCUCAUCUUCGGGGGGGGUUCAACCCCCCACUCCAUCAGGCAAGAGCAAUCACGGGUCACCAUUCUCACAGCACACCGGAUCACACUUACGGUCUGAAUAUCACAAUUCGCCAAAGAAGCGUAAGACAACCGGGGGACACGCGGUCCCUGUCCCGCCGACGUCGCAGCCACCUGACCCAUCACGGCCCAUGUCAUCUCGGUCGUCUCGAGAGCGAGAAAUGUCCCCAGGGCAUCGAAACCGACCUCUACGGCAUUCACGUCAAAACAGUGAUGCAUCAUCUCGCGAACAGGACACCGGCGGUCGCAACAUUGCUCGCUCUCGGAGUCGUCAACAGCACCGGGAUGAGCUCAGUGGCGGAGAGUCUGGCCCAAGAAGGCAAUUAACCGACUCAUCCGUCAGUGGAUCGAGCGAGGACAAUCCGGUUCGGUAUGAGGGGUUAAAAUCUGAAACGCGGUAG